UAUAAUUAUCAAAAUCAUUUUUUAAAAUCAGAAUUUGUAAAAAAUUCCUUUUUAGCAAUCUCAAAUUAUCUUUGGUCUUUCUCCUAUUUUAUCUUUAAGUUUCCGUCCUUUUUUAUACUAUAUAUUUUUUUCUUAAUCAUUUACAAAUUUAUUCUUUUAUUUUUACUUUACAUAAUGUGUUCUGCUACUCUUUUAUGUGUUUCCUUUUUUAGCACCUCGAAGAUUUUUUCAUAUUUUUUAAGUACAAUAGAAGGACACCUACGCAUAUUUAAUGUGCCUUAGGCCGCUGCUUCUUUAUCCGCUACUUAUGUUAAACAUAAGUAGAGAUUUGCUGCAAGAAGCUUGCUUCAAGUUUCUUAUUUUGCUUCAUGUUUCCUAUUUUGCUUCAUGUUUCCUAUUUUGCUUCAUGUUUCUUUUUGCUUCAAGUUUCCUUUUUUGUUUUGCUUCAUGUUUCUUGUUUUGCUUCAAGUUUCCUGUUUUGCCUCAUGUUUCCUGUUUUGCUUCAUGUUUCUUAUUUUGCUUCAGGUUUCUUGUUUUGCUUCAGGUUUCUUGUUUUGCUUCAGGUUUCUUGUUUUGCUUCAAGUUUCUUGUUUUGCUUCAUGCUUCUAAUUUCAAGCUUCUGAUAUUUUGCUUACUGAAUUUUUUCUAG